AAAAAAAAAGGAACAAAAUCCUGACCGCUGUGGGUGGGGGAAAGCUGAGGUUCCUGACGAUUGAACAAGGAAAAAUAUAUCCUAGAUCCUUCCAGUCAGGUGGAACUUCUGAGGUGUACGACUGCUGGAAGCUGUGGCUGAGACCUGUAGUAAGAAAAGAAGAAGCAAUGGCAGCCAGAAGAUCAGGCUUCCCCAGACAAAGGCAAGUGGUAUUUCUCUUCCUGUUUGGGGGACUGUGUUUGGCAGGUUCUCAGUUUGGACGUUAUUCAGUGAUGGAGGAAACAGAAAGGGGGUCAUUUGUGGUGAAUCUAGCAGAGGAUCUGGGGCUAGGCGUGGAAGCGCUGGCUGCAAAGAGAACGAGGGUGAUUUCUGAUGAUAACGAACAGCACUUGCUUCUGGAUUCUCACACUGGAGAUUUGCUCACAAAUGAGAAACUGGACCGGGAGAAGCUGUGCGGCUCCAUAGAGCCCUGCAUGCUGUAUUUCCAAAUUUUAAUGGAUAACCCCUUUCAGAUUUACCGGGCUGAGCUGAGAAUUCUGGAUAUAAAUGAUCACUCACCAAUAUUCCAGGACAAAAAGAUGAUUUUAAAAAUACCAGAAAACACAGCUGUGGGGACAGCAUUUCGAUUAGAAAGAGCACAAGACUCAGAUAGUGGGCAGAACGGCAUCCAAAACUACACCAUCAGUCCCAACUCUUUUUUUCAUAUUACCAUUCAUGACAGCGAUGAUGGGAUGAUAUAUCCAGAGCUUGUGCUAGACAAAGCUCUGGAUUGGGAGGAGCAGCCAGAGUUCAGUUUAACACUCACAGCACUUGAUGGCGGGUCUCCGCCGAGGUCUGGAACAGCCACUAUACAUAUUGCGGUCUUGGACAUCAAUGAUAAUGCCCCACAGUUUCCCCAAGAACUUUAUGAAAGCCAGGUUCCAGAAAACAGUCCAGUAGGUCUUGUUGUCAUUAAAGUCACUGGAGAAGAUAGAGACUCUGGAGUCAAUGCAGAAAUAUCCUAUUCGUUUUUUGAUGCUUCUGAAGAUAUUCGAGCAACCUUCCAAAUCAAUCCUUUCUCUGGAGAAAUCACACUCAGAGCCUUGCUUGACUAUGAGUUCAUAAAGUCCUAUAAGUUAAAUGUACAAGCAGUUGAUGGUGGGGGACUUUCGGCGAGAUGUACGGUUUUGAUUCGGGUUUUAGACAUUAAUGACAAUCCUCCUGAACUGAUCAUGUCAUCACUUGUCAACGAAGUUGUUGAGAACUCUCCUGAAACCGUACUGGCAGUUUUUAGGAUUAACGACAGAGACUCUGGAGAGAAUGGAAAAAUGGUUUGCUACAUUCAAGAAAAUCUGCCUUUCCUUCUAAAACCCUCCGUAGACAAUUAUUACAUCCUAAUGACAGAAGGAGCACUGGACAGAGAGAGCAGAGCUGUGUACAACAUCACCAUCACUGUCUCGGACCUGGGCACACCCAAGCUCACAACCCAGCACACCAUAACAGUGCAGGUGUCUGACAUCAACGACAACGCCCCCGCCUUCACCCAAACCUCCUACACCAUGUUUGUCCGUGAGAACAACAGCCCCGCUCUGCACAUAGGCACCAUCAGUGCCACAGACUCAGACUCAGGCUCCAAUGCCCACAUCACCUACUCGCUGCUGCCGCCCCACGACCCGCAGCUGGCCCUCGACUCGCUCAUUUCCAUCAAUGCUGACAAUGGGCAGUUGUUCGCGCUCAGGGCAUUAGACUACGAAGCCCUUCAGGCCUUCGAGUUCCGCGUGGGUGCCACAGACGGAGGCUCGCCGGCGCUCAACAGCCAAGCUCUGGUGCGGGUGGUGGUUCUGGACGACAAUGACAAUGAGCCUUUCGUGCUCUACCCGCUGCAGAAUGCCUCAGCGCCCUACACAGAGCUGCUGCCCAGGACCGCAGAGCCAGGCUACCUGGUCACCAAGGUGGUGGCUGUGGAUCGAGACUCUGGCCAGAAUGCCUGGCUGUCAUUCCAGCUGCUCAAGGCCACGGAGCCUGGGCUAUUCAGUGUGUGGGCGCACAAUGGCGAGGUGCGCACCACCAGGCUAUUGAGUGAACGCGAUGUACCUAAGCACAGGCUGCUGCUGCUGGUCAAGGACAAUGGGGAUCCUCCACGCUCUGCCAGCGUCACACUACAGGUGCUGCUGGUGGAUGGUUUCUCUCAGCCCUACCUGCCUCUGCCUGAUGUGUCGCGCAACCCCACUGAAGGGGAAGAGGAUGUGCUCACGCUGUACCUGGUCAUAGCCUUGGCAUCUGUGUCUUCUCUCUUCCUCUUGUCUGUGCUGCUGUUCGUGGGGGUGAGGCUGUGCAGGAGGGCCAGGGCGGCCUCUCUGGGUGGCUGCUCUGUGCCGGAGGGUCACUUUCCGGACCACCUGGUGGACGUCAGCGGUACAGGAACCCUGUCCCAGAGCUACCAAUAUGAGGUGUGUCUGAUGGGAGGCUCCUCUGGUACCAGUGAUUUCAAGUUCUUGAAGCCAAUUUACCCUCAAGUUCAUGCUUAUGGUCCCCAGGACAAUAGUGAUGAAAAGCCCACAUUUUGAACUUUCUAAUUUAAUUUUGAGCAACGUUUUAUUGCAUUUAUCAUAAAAUACAGCCAUAUGAAUAUUAAUUUAGUUGUACAGUAGUUGCUACACAGCAAAACUAAUUUCGUUUUCAACUUCCAUGUUACUUUAGUACUUUAGUGGUUGUUUCAUGCUUGAGUUUUUUGUUUGGUUUUUUUUUUUUAUGUCUUUGUUUUCUUUCUUUUUAGUGGAGUAUUGCCACUUUAAAUUUGAGGGUUUUUUUUUUCAAUUCUUUCACAGUGCAUGAUAAUUUGGUUUUAUUUCUCAUUGAAGAAAACUGAGGUUUGGGGUUUUGUUGUUAUUGUUUUGUUUUCUUCUGUUGCUAAGCAUUAACCAAGCCUUUUGCAUGAUAAGCAAAUGCUCCACCAUUGGAGCCAGGCAUGCUUUAUACUCACUUUUUAAAGCUGUAUAUUCUUCUAACUUUCACUGACUUCGUUUAUGGCAGUUUCAUGCAUCUGUGUCAUGCAUUCCGUUUAUUAUAACCUCUUGAUUAAUCUCCUCACAACACGUAUUACUUCCCUUCCACCCUUGACAUGUUUGUGAUUUUGAGUGUUCUGAUAAUUUUUGUGCCAGCUUGCUGAUUAAUGACUUCUGCACACAUGGUGUCAUGCUUUGGGCUUAUUCAUUCCUAACCCUUGUUGUCCCACUGGUUCCCUUCCCUUUCCAAGCAGGUAUCCCAUGCUGCUUUCUUAAUAUGGCUAUUUUAUUGCCUUGAGAGUUAUUUCUCUUUUUUCUUUUUCUUUCCUUUUCUUUUUUUCAAAACAAGGUUUCUCUAUGUAAACCUGGCUGCCCUGGAAUUAGUUCUGCAGACCAGGCUGACCACAAACUCAAACUACCUUCCCCUGCUGCCAGAAUGUUGGGCUUAAACUUGUGUGUCACCACCACCAAACAAGAGCAAAUUUUUAUGUUCAUUCUUGGUGACAUAUGCAACAGAUAUUGUCAUAUAAUGAUAAUACAAUGCUAUAGUGUGCACGAAAAUCAACAAAUUUGAGAACAUUUAAAUUUUGUGUGGCAAUGUUGAUGGGCUGUCAGAAAUAUAAUUUUCAUGUUAUAUUGAAACUUUAAAACUGUCAAAUUUAAAAAUUGAAAUAAAUUAAAGGUUACAGAGAAAAUAAAUUUUAUCUCCAGUCCCUUUCUACACAGUUGUUCUUCAAAUUUGAUCUACUUCCAGAUGAUGUGUUUAAACUGCCUCAUCUUUACAGUCAACUUCUAUGUGCUACCCAUUUUCUGCAGUUCUUACUUCACUUUAAUAGACCCACAUUCAAAAGGUACACAUUUCCCAUAUCUUAGGUUUUUUGUAAAAUUAUCUUAAAAUGUUAUCAGUAUUGUUUCUGUAGGUUUCUAGGCUCAAACUCAAAGCCUCCUAGAUGAGUACCAUCCUAAAGUAAAACUAAUAUAAUGUCCACCUGUACAGGUUCCCUAUGUAUGUACUUAGUAGUGCAGUAUGGUUACAUUUUCUUUCUUGGAAACAGUUUUCCCAGAGCUAAUAGUUGCUGUUUUAGAUUUAAAUUAAUUUCUAUUUACCGCUAGUGAUUUUUCUGCACCUCCCUUUCCAGGUUAAAUGAUCAAACAAAGCAGUGAGCUACCUUGAGCUGUACACUCUGGUCUCACUACUGUUUUUUACAUGAUAUUCUACUUGAAUAUUAACUUCUUGCCUUCAAAUAUUCAAAUAUAUGAGAUACAAAUUAAUUGUGUUUAUGUAUUAGGGAAUUUUCAUUCAUGGGUCUUCUUUUAGACUGCUUACCUUAUAGCAGUCAUGCUUUAAUACUUUUUCCACAUUUCCCACCUUUUACAGGACCCAGUAUCAUUUCUGAGUUUACUUUCUUUCUUGAUUGACAGAAAUUUUCAUUAAAAUAGAUGCAGAGGUUCUUAGGAGGCAAAAAACAACUUUUGACACUUUACAUAGUGAAGCAAUCUUUUCAUUUGAUUGAUAGUUUAACUGGGUAUAAAAGUAUAAAUUGAAAUUUUCUUCCUCAAUGUUAAAAAGCACUCUUACUUUUCUUAAUUGUGUAGAAUUAUUUUCACAAAAACAAUUCCAUUGUAAAGCCUAUCUCAUUUUUGCAAGUUUUUCCCAUUCAUUCUGGAAACAU